CUAACAGCUGUGAAAAAGUUGUCACUUUUUCUUAACCUUUUCUCUCCCUCUCUCUCUACAGCACUUCAAAACCCAGCUACUCCCUCUCCAAACCCAUACGAACAAAAAUGGCGAAAACCAAGGGUUUCAACGUUCUCCACAACCUCAUCCACAUUGCUACCGAAAUCUCUCAAAUCUCCACCUUCCAUUCCCUCAUCAAAACGCAAUGCUUCGAUCUCAGCCGUAGGAUCACUUUCCUCAUUCCCCUCUUUCAACACCUCGUCAACGACGCCGUUUUCGUUCCUUACGAAGCUCUCGUUUCGCUUCAAGAAGCUUUUCUUUCUGCUAAGGAUUUGCUUCGGUUUUGUUCUCAGUCAAGCCAGCUCUACAUGAUAUUGGAGAGGGAGAAAAUUAAGUGCAAAUUCACAGAUCUGGCUUCGCAUUUUGAACAAGCUAUAAACGAGAUUUCGUAUGACAAAAUUGAUAUUUCUGAGGAGUUAAAGGAGCAGAUCGCACUUGUGGCUUCCCAGUUUCGAAGGGCCAAAGAACAUUUUGUUCCACCUGGUCUGGAGCUUUAUGAGCACCUGUUGUCUAUCUAUAAUCAGAGCUGUGAUGUGACUGCUGAAUCUGAUGCACUACGUUUAAUAUGUGAAAAACUACAAUUUGUGAGUGCUGAAGAUAUCGAAAAAGAGUCACUUGCUCUUCAUAAGGUGAUUGUUGAUGGGGGUGGUUAUUAUGAGAAAAGCUUGCAGGGAUUGUCAGCGGUGCUGAGAAAAAUUGAUGAUUUUUUGUUCAAGGAUUCUGAAAAUAAGGGAGAUGAUUGUGUUGAGAAACGCCCACAGGUGUUGUCAAGUGGGGAUUUGCCUCCUCAAACUAGUGAGCUAUGUGCGAACUUAUGUUGUCAGUCACCGGUUGUGCCGGAGGAGUUUCGCUGCCCAAUAUCUCUUGAGCUAAUGAAAGAUCCUGUCAUCAUUUCGACAGGGCAGACAUAUGAACGAACUUGCAUUAGGAAAUGGCUUGAUACAGGGCAUCAAACAUGUCCCAUCACUCGGCAGAUUGUUUCGAGCCCCAUUCUCAUACCUAAUCAUGUUUUAUACAACCUGAUAUCAAAUUGGUGCGAGGCAAACGGAGUUGAACCACCUAAAAGAUUAGAAAGUUUACGGCUCUACAAGCAAACAUCAGAUGGCUCCUCUGAAUUAAUAGACCUUGAUUCCUUAAUGAGGAAACUAAUUUCCAGAUACAUUGAGGAUCAGCGAUGUGCAGCAGGAGAGCUCCGUCUUCUUGCCAAACACAAUAGCGAAAAUCGAAAGUUGAUUGCUGAAGCUGGGGCUAUACCCCUCCUCACUGAUCUCCUCUUUACUCCUGAUGCUGGAACCCAGGAGCAUGCAGUUACCGCUCUUCUCAAUCUAUCUAUCUACGAGGAGAACAAAGAGCGCAUCAUGGCUUCUGAUGCUGUGCCGGGAAUCCUUUACGUGCUAAAAAAUGGUAGCAUGGAAGCUCGGGAAAAUGCAGCAGCCACCUUUUUCAACCUCUCUUCAGUAGAUGAGAACAAAAUGAUAAUCGGUGCAUCUGGAGCAAUCCAGGCUCUAGUUACUCUCUUCUGCGAAGGAAGUCAAAGAGGAAAGGCUGAUGCUGCGUCAGCUUUAUUCAAACUGUGUAUAUACCAAGGGAACAAAGGACGUGCUGUAAAGGCUGGUAUUGUACCCAAAUUGAUCGAAAUGUUAACAGAACCAGGUGGGGAGAUGAGGGGUGAGGCAUUGGCAAUACUAGCUGUAAUAGCUAGCCACCCGGACGGAAAAGCAGCAAUUGGAUCUAUGAAUGCUCUUCCCAUUCUGGCUGAAUUAAUCAUUAAUGGAUCUUACAGGAACAAAGAGAAUGCGACCUCGGUGCUUGUAUACAUCUGUAAAGGAGAUCCACUGUACCUACCGAUUGUCGCUUCACAUGAAGUGAUCAAUCCUCUCAUGGAACUGGCCGCAAAUGGCUCAGAAAGGGGCAAGCGGAAAGCCGAACAGCUUCUUGAGCUGUUAGGCAAUUAGAGACCAUUGUGAAUAUACAAUGGCAACUGUCAGCUAGCUUUUUGGUGCUGCUGUUGUCUCUGUAUGUUGCAGCUGCUGGUAUAGAUAGUAAUGAUAUGGUUUACAACAUAUUUUUAGUAAAGAGUUAGCAAUAUUUCCUUUUUAUGUUUUAGUUAAAAGGAAAAUUUGAUUUCAGUGAACCAAUUAUUUUGCUGAAUUGAAUCACUUGUGGUGGAAAGCUGGUAACAAGUGUUUAGGCAACAAUUUGAUUAUUGUUUAAGUACAGAUAUUUGUUUCAUUGUUUAAGAAUAUCGAUGACCCACGAUUACUUAUUUUAGUGUCUGUUUUGGGUUAUUUGAAUAUGUAUAUGGAUGACAUCGAGAUUCAUUAAUGGUAGAUUUGUUGAACUAAAGUGUUAUUUUA